AUGGAUGUGCUUUCAGGAAGGAAAACUAGCGGUUACCUUGAAGGAAGUAUUAGCAUAUCAGGUUAUCCUAAGAACCAAGCAACUUUUGCUCGGAUUAGCGGUUAUUGUGAACAAAAUGAUAUCCACUCUCCCAAUAUUACAGUUUAUGAAUCUCUUCUGUUUUCUGCUUGGUUGCGGCUCAGUAAAGAAGUUGAUAUAGAAACAAGAAAGAUGGCUUAUCAACCGAGUAGAGAAAGAGGUUUACCAUUUGCUGUAGAAUUGGUUGCAAACCCUUCCAUUAUCUUUAUGAAUGAACCAACGAUUGGUCUUGAUGCUAGAGCUGCAGCAGUAGUUAUGCGUACUGUUAGAAACACAGUUGUUACAGGGAGAACUGUUGUGUGCACAAUUCAUCAACCAAUUCUCUGCAGGUGGCAAUUGAAGUAA